GAUGAGACACUGCAGAGAGUAGUUGGUUUUUAGAUUGCUGUUGUAUUGCUAUGAGAUUUCUAUGGAUAUUUAACUGCUGUAAAGCACAGCAGGAGGAUGACGAUGCAGAACAACCAUGGUUCAUUGCCAGGGAGUUUGAAACAGUGGUUUGGUAUGGGUUUGACUCUGAAUGGGAAUCCAUACAAGAACGAAAGCAGAGGCUGAAAAGAUACAGCCUGGAAGAACUUAAGAGACAACUAGAGCUGUUUGGUAUCACUAUAGUUGAAGUAAAAGGGCAAAAGAAGAGUGAGAAGAAGAUGAAGAGAGAGUACAGGAAACUUCUCAUGCGAAGGAUGAAAAUGGUGGAGACUGAGAGGGCCAGAAGGUCAGUUCAAGUCAGGAGGGGAAUGGAGCCAGAACAGAAGAUGGAUUUGGUGCAGAGGGGAGAGAAUGGCUUAGACCAGGAGAGUGAAAACACACAAGACGAAAAGCAGAGCUUGGAGACAUCUGCAGAGCUGAUUCCUGAACGGCAGGGUCUGAGGAAGGAGGCCCAGAUAUUAACAAAUAAAGUGGAUGAACCCAACAAUCGCAUGAAAGAGAAGUUUAUGAACAACAUUAAGGAGGAAGAGACACAAGAGGAGAUGAAGACUGAGGAAAUAAAGAAAGACACAGAAGAGAAAAGGAGAGAGAAUCAGGAGAGGGAAGACAACAAGGAGGACAUAAAGGAUGAUGAAGUUGGAAAGGUGAAUGAAAAAGACUUCACAGAUGCACAAGAGGAGGGAUGGAAACAGGAACUAGACUUGAAGACCAAGACCCAUGGAGAGAAGGAGGAAGAGGUGGAAACAGACUUCAACAAGAUCAAAGAAGAGGAUGAUAUCCUGAAGGAGGGAAAGUGUGAGAAAACUGUUACAGAGGAAGGUGUGGUGACAGUUGAGGAGAGCAAGAAAAAGCAGGAAAACACAGAUGAUGCUGUGGCCUCUGGAACGAUGGCAACAGUCUCCUUGGAGUUGAUGCAGAAUGAGGGUCACGAGGAGAAGCAAGAAGAGGCUGCAGUAAAGGAGGAGAGAAUAAACAAAGAUGGGAAAGAAAAGCAGGAAGAGGAGGAGAACGGGGAGAACAAGAUGGAGGAGGAGGAGAAGGGAGAGAACCAGGUGGAAAAAGAGAAAGACACUGAAAUAAAAGAAGAAAAAGAACUGAAUGAUAAACAGCUGGAGGAGGAGGAGAAAGGAGAGAACAAGAUGGAGAAAGAGAAAGACACUGAAAUAAAAGAACAAAUGAAUAAUAAACAACUGCAGGACGAGGAGAAUGAGAACAAGAUGGAGAAAGAGAAAGACACUGAAGGAAAUGAAGAAGAAAAACUGAAUGAUAAACUGGAGGAGGAGGAGAAGGGAGAGAACAAGGUGGAGAAAGAGAAAGAUGCUGAAGUAAAAGGAAAAGAGCUGCAUUAUAAGCAGCUGAAUGAGCAGAAGGAGGAAGAAGUUAACAUGAAGGAAAACGAGGGGCAAGAGGAGGUGACAGAAUAUGUGGUAGAGACUAAAGAGGAGAAAAAGGAGGAGGAUACAGACAAGGCCACGGCUUUGGUGAAAACCAAAACAGUCUCCAAUGAUGUGACCCAGAGUGAGGAAGAUCAAGAGGAGGAGCUAGAUGUGGUGGUGGUGGAGAAGGAGACGGUGAAAGGAGAUGGUACGGAGGAGAAGAAGGAGGAGAAAGAAAAGGAGGAGGGAAAGGAGCUGGAGGAUAGAGAGGAGAAGGAGGAAAAGGAGAAGAGGUUACAGGAGGUGCAAGAACAGGUGAAGGACUGUGUGGUGGAGGUAGAGGAGGAGGUUGAGGAAAAUGCAGAUGAUGGGACUCCACAGAAAGAUGAGACUACACACUCUUUGGAUCUGAUGCAAAAUGAGGAUCAGGAGGAGAAGAAAGAGAGGAUAGAGAGGAAAGAGAAGUUCAAAAGAGAAUGGAAAGAAGAGAGGGAGGAGGGAGAGAAUGAGAUGGAGGAAGAGAAAGAGACUGAAGAAGUGGUAAAGAAAGUGAUGGAGGAGCAGGAGGAGAGGAAAGAAUGUGUGGUGGAGGUAGAGGACGAGAAAAAGGAGGAAGAUGCAGACGAGACUGUAGCUUUGGUGAGCUCACUGAUAGACUCCCAUGAUUUGAGGCAGAAUAUAGAGGAUCCAGAGGAGACGCUAGAUGUGGUGGUAGUGGAGAGGGAGAGGAUGGAAGAAGAUGGCACAGAGGAGAGGAAGGAGGAUGAAAGACAGAAUGAGACGGAGGAGAGAAAAGGGGUUGAGAUGAAAGAAGUAGGGGAGAGAAAGGAAAUGGAGGACAAAGAGAAGGAGGAGGAGAAGGAGGAACUGGACAUGAAGGAGGAGCAAGUGAAGGUGAAGGAGUGUGUGGUGGAAGUAGAAGAGGAGAAGGAGGUGCAAAAUGCACAUAAUGAGACUGUGGACAUGGAGAGCACAUUGGAUUUGACACAGAAUGGGAAUCAAGAGAAGAGGAAGGAGAACGUUGGGGCAGAGAAGGAGAUGAUGAACAAAGAUGAGAAAAAAGAGAGGAAAGAGGAGGAUGAUAAAGAGGUAGUGAUUAAAGAAAAGGGUGAGGAGCUGGAGGAGGUGCAGGAGGAGAAGAAAGCAGAGGACAUGAAGGUGAAGGAGGAGCAGGAGGAGGUGAAGGAGUGUAUGGUGGAGAAGGAACAGAAGAAGGAGGUGGAUGCAACUGAUGGAACUGUAGCCAUGGAGAUAAGACCAGAGGUUUCCCAGAAGAGAAACGCCACCCUAAAUGAAAACAGAAAGGUAAAGAAGAGAAUGCGAGGGUGUAGAGGCGGGAAGUCAAAAAACAAACACAAUCAACUGGAAGUGUACAAACAUACAUACAGAUCUUCAGGACAUACAGUGGAGGAUGGAGAGGAGCUGAUGGACAACAAAGGAAAGAAGGAAGAGGAGAAAAAGAAAGCAGAGAAGGGGGACAUGAAGGUGCAGAAGGAGCAAGAGGAAGUGAAGGAGUGUGUGGUGGAGGAGAAAGAGAAGGAAGAUACAGAUGAUGGGGCUGUGGCCGUGGAGACGACACUGAAGGUCUCGCUGGACAGCAACACCACCAUCAAUCAAGAGCAAGAGGUGAAGAAAAGAAUGCGAGGCUGUAGAGGCGGCAAAUCCAAAAACAAACACAAUAAACUCCAAGUGUCCAAGUGUGAGAUGACUGAGGAAAACAGACAGAAGCAGGACAUGAGAUAUGGACACCAACAUGAGUCCCAACACAGAAGAGGAGAAAGGCAUAAUAAAAGACAGGGGGUGAGAGACUGCUGGAGAGGUUCAAAUGGAUGCCAGACAGCUCCAGUGGGAUGCUGGGGAGAUGCAAAGAGAUGCUGGAGAGGUCCAAAGGGACCUUGGGGAGGUCCAAAGGCACAUGAGGAAGAGAAGGAGAAGCAGGACAUGAGAGUGAAGGAGGAGAAAGAGGAGGUGAAACAGUGUGUGGAGGAGAGAGAAGAAAAGGAUGAGGAAGAAGUACACAAUGGCACUGUGACCAUGGCAACUACAUUGAAAGUCCAUUUGGUCAAAGAGAGCAACACCACCACAAAUAAAGAUCAAGAGCUGAAGAAAAGAAUGCGGGGGUGUAGAGGCGGAAAAUCAAAAAACAAACAAAAGAAACAGGAAGUGUACAAUGAGACGACUGAGGAAAACAGACUGAUGCAGGACACGAAAGCUGGACACCAACGUGAGUUUGAGCACCAACACAGGGGAGUGGAAAGACAAAAUAACAGAGAGGGGGUGCAGGCACACUGGAGAGGUCCACAGCAGGAAGAAAUACAGACGAGAGAGGACAACCAAAGUCAACCCAGAAACCAGCACAGGCACAACAUGGCGGUGAGGGUAUAUGGUACGGGGCAGAUGCAUGUGAACGUCACACAGAGGAGACGGCUAGAAGAGAUAAGAAGAAGCGACCGCAUGGGAGCCACGGGGGAAUUCACUGGAAUACAGGAGGCUUGGUUGUGCUGAGGAGAGGGCCAGUUUGGGCAGAACACAAGAACAGAGAAGGAGGACGAACACAGCAGGAGGAGAGAGGAGAGAGAAGGGGUGAGAGGCAGGGCCCUCAUCACCAAAGACAGAAGAGAGAGCACAUGGAGAGGAGAGAGGCAGGAGGAGGAACAGGAGGAGAAUGAAGUAGAAACAAAGGCCAUCAGAGGGUUGGAGUAGAGCAGAUGAAGAAACAGGAGCUUACAUUGCCAUGGGGCAGAAUAAUAUGAGUCUGCAGACAGAAGAAGAGAGAGACAUCGGGAGAAGAGCAGCAUGGAGAGACCGGAGAUGGAGAGAUGGCCGUCUGG